CAAUACCUGAAAAACCUUGCCGCAUCAGUAUUCAGUAAACAAAAAUAAAUAAAUUUUUCGAUUCUCCCAAAGAUGAUUCGCAGUGGCAAUCUCCUUCUUCAACCCCACUGUCAUCAUCAGAGCUUCAAGAAUCCCCAGCUUUCUUUCCUCAACUCUCCCAAGCACAAUCUUCAAUUCCAUUCACUCUUUCCUCAUUUUCCCAGAAAAUCUUUCAUUUUUCCAGGUGGGAAUUCAAGAUUAUUUGUUAGCAGAUGUGUAUCAGAGAAUCCAUCUGAUUCUAUUAGCCCAGAGACAUUUCCUUGCUAUUCUCCAGACUCAUCUCAGAUAUUCAGGACAAAGGAGAGGUCUUUAGUGACAGUGUUGAAGGGUGCAAACUCCAUUUUGCCACAUGUGGUUCUUGGUAGUACCAUUUUGGCCCUUGUAUAUCCACCUUCUUUCACAUGGUUUACCAGCAGGUACUACUCCCCGGCGUUGGGGUUCUUGAUGUUUGCAGUCGGAGUCAAUUCAAACGAAAAUGAUUUCUUACAAGCAAUCAACAGACCUGCUGCCAUUUUGGCAGGGUAUUUCGGUCAAUUCGCGGUGAAGCCCCUCCUCGGGUAUCUAUUCGGCACAAUUGCAAUAACAGCCUUUGGUCUCCCAACUUCCUUAGCCGCAGGACUGAUGUUGACUUCAUGUGUGAGUGGCGCGCAGCUCUCCAAUUACGCCACGUUUCUAACGGACCCAUCAAUGGCCCCACUCAGCAUUGUGAUGACUUCGUUGUCCACUGCAUCCGCGGUUCUUGUCACGCCCUUAUUGUCAUUAUUGCUCAUUGGCAAAAGAUUGCCAGUUGAUGUCAAGGGAAUGAUUUCCAACAUCACCCAGAUUGUGGUUUUUCCUAUUGCAGCUGGGCUGCUUCUUAAAAGAUUAUUUCCCGCGAUUUGUAAUGCCAUUAUGCCGUUUUUGCCCCCAAUGUCGGUUUUGGUGACGUCCCUAUGCGUUGGAGCUCCGCUUGCCAUCAACAUACGGUCCGUGGUUUCCCCUUCCGGGCUAUCUGUUCUGUUGCUCGUGGUCGCGUUUCAUGUUUCGGCUUUUGUUUCCGGUUAUGCCCUUGCGGGCGUUGCCUUUGGGGAUGCACCCGACGCGAAAGCCCUCCAGAGAACACUUUCGUAUGAAACAGGAAUGCAGAGUAGUCUUCUUGCUCUUGCCCUUGCAAAUAAGUUUUUUCAAGAUCCUCUUGUUGGCGUCCCUCCGGCUAUAUCGGUUGUAAUAAUGUCAUUAAUGGGCUUCACACUUGUGAUGGUUUGGGCUAAGAACAAAAGAGCUCAUGUUUGAUAAGAAUCUUGGCCCAAUUAUAUACUAAGUGGACUUCUCUUCUUCUGGACUGCUUUAUCUAUAGCCCAUGACUCGCUGGGUUGGUUCUACUACUAUCAGCAGAUCUAAUUGGACCGGGUGGGUGAAUUUAAAGCCCAAUGUAAUUCCUAAAACCCACUGUAACUUACACAUGUCAAUUUUUUGAAUUAUUUUUUCGAUUUUUUAGUUAUUUUUUUAUUUGAAAAAAUAAAAAAUUACUUAUCUCACU